GAAGAGGGCAGUGACAAAACAGCUGGAAGAAGUGAAAUAAACAAGGCGGUGACUGAUCGGCAAAUAUAUACGGGCGCCGACAGACAACAUUGACAGAUCAAAUGUAAAAAGAAAGAAAGAAGCAUAAGGAAAAAAAACGUGAAAGUGAAGGGGACUUGUCUGCUGAAUUUAGCAACUGUGUCGCUCUUGGUGAAGUAUAUAAACGGAAGGAAUCCUACAGUGAGUACAGGAAGACCAGCAACAUGAGUUUGAUGUAUAAACUGCGGUAUACAUAUAUGGCGACUGUUUCCUUUAUCUAGAGAAGUAGAUUAGAGUGAGUUUUUAAAAACCGGCCCACGGGAAUCCAGGCUAAUAGCUUUUCGUUUUCACGGGUGUCUUUGUGUCUGGUGUGAUUUGACGAAGUUCUGCGCCAGCCCCGGUUUUGCCCGUACUGAGGUGACGCCGCGCAGGUGCCCGUCGGUGCCUCCAGCGUCGGCUUUCAGCAUGUUUCCUCUCGACUCUCCCUGGAAUAUUUCGUUCGCCGGCUGCGGCUUCCUGGGCAUCUAUCAUGUCGGCGUUGCGAGCUGUCUGCAAGAGCAGGCACCCUUUCUAGUAGAGAAUGCCCGGCACAUUUACGGAGCGUCGGCGGGGGCCCUCACCGCGUCCGCCCUGGUCACCGGGACAUGUUUGGGAGAAGCUGGGGCGAACAUCAUUGAUGUCGCCAAAGAAGCCCGAAAGCGAUUUUUGGGGCCCAUGCACCCCUCCUUCAACCUGGUGAAGAUCAUGCGGAAGUUGCUGUACAGAUCACUGCCCCCAGAUUGCCACUCUCGUGCCACUGGAAGGUUGGGCAUCUCCUUGACCCGCGUGUCAGAUGGAGAGAAUGUUUUGGUGUCCCAGUUCAACAGCAAGGAGGAGUUGGUCCAGGCGUGUGUCUGCAGUGCCUACAUCCCUGUGUACUGUGGCCUCAUCCCUCCUACGCUACAGGGAGUGCGAUAUGUAGAUGGAGGCAUCUCGGACAACCUGCCACAGUAUGAGCUGAAGAACACCAUCACGGUGUCGCCCUUCUCCGGCGAGAGCGACAUCUGUCCCCGUGACAGCUCCACCAACCUGCACGAGCUACGCUUCACCAACACCAGCAUCCAGUUCACGCUAACCAACCUAUACCGGGUGUCACGCGCACUCUUCCCGCCCGACCCGCUGGUGAUGAAGGCCAUGUGUAAACAGGGGUAUCGUGAUGCCCUGCACUUCAUCAAGAAGAACGGCCUGCUGCAGUUCCGCGGACCCCAUCGAGCCCUCCUCAACAUAGACGAUGGGGUGGAGGAGGAGGAGGAGGAAGAAUAUGAGGAUGAGGAGGGUGAUGAGGAUGAGGAGGCCCAGCAGGGUGAGCAACAUAAGAGGCAGCCAGCUGUGUUCAGCAACAGUGCCAGUGAAGAGGACCACAUCUUUGAGCACCUUCCCCCAAGGUUACACCAAGCUCUAGUGGAGGCUUGCAAGGAGAGGAGGAGCCGCUUGCAGUCUCUGAGCAACCUGCUGCCCAUCAGGAUGGCUUCGGCCAUGUUGAUUCCCUACACCCUGCCACUGGAGUCGGCCAUGUCUAUGACUGUCAGACUGCUGGAAUGGUUGCCAGAUGUGCAGGAGGAUGUAGGCUGGAUGAGGGACCAGACAGUGAAGCUGCUGCAGUGUGUCCUGCGUCAGGCAAAGAAAAGCAUGUCCCAGCAGGUGUCUGCACGGCUUUCCUACCAUAUGGAGCUGCGCCGUUCUCAGUCCUUGCCUGCCUCUCCCAGCGGUGUGCUUCCACGCUGGAUGAGUGGGGGCAGCUCCACAGUACUGGACCUUUUUCUGCGUUUGGACCAGUACCAACGUCAACUGCUGCCGGGCCGCUUCUGUGUCAACAUGGAUGUUCAGGCCUCCAUGUACUCCCAGGCCUGGGGGGGGAGGGAGAGGGUGUCUCUGCCAGAUCUGCCAGAGGAAGGGCUGAUGAUGCGUCCUAUGGGCCCCACCCCUCCCACGCCACCCCCAUCCCCGUCCCUGCAGCACAAAGAAAGCACCGUCCAGCCCUAGGGCGUACCAUGGCCUGUGAUAUCAGACACCAGUCUGCGCCCAUGUGACUAAACAUGUCUUCAGAACAAUCCUACCUUGCAGACGGCCUUGGCCUACACUGAAGGAAUGACUUUUACCCAUGCUGGGGCUUUUAAAAUGUAGUCCUCAUGGUGACCUUUGACCCUACUGCUCAUUUGAGCUUUUUAAGCCAUUCACACCCCCCCCACCCCAGACCGAGGAGAUAGACUUAAUAUUUAUUCUUCUGUUCUCCAACAAACAACCAAAAGAACGUAAACCACCUGUAGGUGUUGGCACAGACGGGCACCGUCAUGUGCCCACAGAAUGAGUGCAGAGAAGCCAUGCCGAACGUUCCUGAGAUUCAGCGGGGAUUCCCCACUCAGAGGUGCCUGACAGCAGCCAAAGUUCCUGUACUUGGAGCAGAAACACAGCCCCACAGAAGGCAAUGAGGGGAUUUGGACACAGAGACUUGGCAGGGGUGGUGGCGGUGAAAUCUGCAUCUGUAUCCACUGAGAUCGCAGGCCACAUGAACCCUAUGUUGGGAUUUAAUGGUCUUCGAAUGCAGUGCCUUAGUAUUAUGUACAAAGCACACUGUGUGUGUGUUUGUGUGUGUGUGUGUGUUACAGCAUGAUGAGUGUGACAGUAUGAGGUUCAUCCAUCCUGUACAUGAGGAUCACAGAAUGGAUGAUCAGCGUGCCAUGAGGGGCUGUGUACACAGGCAACACAAGCAGUGUGUCUCCCCUGUCAUCCUCGGAACUCCUUGACAAUGAUAAGUACAGUACUGACUUACUGUACUACGUCUCAGUACUUAAUUACAACAGUUUGGCUGUUUUAUGAACUUUGCAUCUGUCAGUGAGACCAAAUGCAUUUUACUGUUUUUUUUUAUGGGUGGUGCAAAAACCUCCAGCCGCUGCUUGUUCUGUUGCGCAAAAUCAGAAAUGAAGUCGAUUUGGUUGCCAAUUUCAAUGUGAAUUAACGGCACAGUUGCUUUUCGCUUUUAAGCUUAAAGUCAGUGUAAGAGAAAGGAGGCCCUCUUGUGGCCCUUUUUAAUUUUCAUUGACUUUUUUUUAAAAGCCAUUUUUUUGUAUGGACAUGGAGCUCCUAGAAGACUGAUGUUUCGUUUCUUACGUAUGAAAAAAAUGUUUUUAAUUACAAUGACUCUUGUCCAGUCGGAUUAGUGCUUGUGGGUUUGGGCUCCUUCUGAUAAAUCCCUCAGGUGCUCUUUUGGAACAGUGUGACAGAGCCAGGCUUACAGUAACGCAGCUGAGGAGAACUUGGGGGGAAAAGCCGUUUAGCUUGUUGAUGAUGCCCUGAGCAAAGCCUCAGUUUGCACUGCAUUCAUUUUAACUGAAUAUUAAGUUAAAAACUUAAUUGUGUUAUGCUCUGUGUUUCUCACGCCAUUAUUCAGAAACCGACUUCUGUUAUAUUUCUGUAAAUAAAAGAUGGGUUUCUAAUGAUAUUAA